AUGAUUGAUGUACUGUUCUUGACGCACCAUCUGCAGAAAAACCACACGACAAAAAGCUGCCCUAAUAAAUCUUCCGCACCUCCUCGUCCUGCUCGAUCCAUCGUCCUUCGUGUAGUAAAAACAAUUUUUAAUCCGAAACAACAACAAGAAGCCGCUGUCGCCCCUGGGCUUCAUCUUCGUCCUCUCGCCCCCGGUAGUAGUUUUUACUCAGAACAACUCAACGUUUUUCCUUUGUCUACCACCUCCCUGUACUAUUUUCGCGAACAAGAUGAAUUACUACCAGUAUUACCAGUAAGACUAACUCCGGUAUCCCCUGGCCGCGAUAAAAACCUGUUAUGACGAGUACCACGUGAAGGCCACGAGCUGCAGAUUGGAAAGUGUAAAAGCAAAUGUGAAAGACCCGGCGCAACGGCAUCAACUACUUACAACAACCGCGGCCGCGCAGCCCUGCUGUACUAGAACAAGUACUCCACGACCUUCUCUACUUCCCUGUCGAACUACAAACGACCACGACAAGGCAGCGACACAAUCGACCAUGAAUAAACCGGCUAGAACGAGACGAUGUACAACGGACCACUCGUUGCAGCAGCAGCAGUAGUACUAGUAGGAUGGUCGUGGAGCAGCCUGCUGCUUGAUCAUGGUAAGUAGAAGAUAAAGCGCAAUUAUGAUAAACGACCUGGACGAAACCAAACGCAAACAGAGAUGCUAAAGCAGCACGAAGUAGAUGUAGUGGAGAAUAGAACGCGAGGACUGCACAACACGAGGAUCUGCUUCAUCAUCUGCACGGAUUUUUAUGGCGUCGUGGUUCAUUUGUGUUUAAACCAGGUAUACAUAGAAAUUAUCCGAGAGGAUCAGUUCUUGAGCAUGUGCAAGCCUGGAAUUAUUCGCAAAUACAGGAUUAUUCUCAUCCCGCUUCUGCGGUCUGGAACGGACGAGGAUUCGCGUACUUGUUGUAAUCUUCGAAGGUAAAAAAAGAGCAGUAGAACAAGAAUAGUCCGACGAGAACAAUGGAAAUAUAAGCGACACAGCAGAAGUAGCGCAAACUACACCUCCUGUGCUGCUAGGAACUUUUGCCGACGUCCAGAUAAUUUGUUUUCUCCAAGUACAACCGCUCUCAUGGUUGCGGAAAAAUAAAUCUUCUUCCCUUGUUGUUGUGUUUGUAGGUUGGAGUUCUGCCGCUGCAGAUGAAAAUGAAGAGAAUUUCGUUCAUGCUUGUUUUCGGCGAAAUGAAUUGUUGGCUUAGAAGUUGGAGGACUAUAAUUCGAAUCACCACACAGCUGCCGUUUUAUUUAUGCCUGCCCUGCUGUACACAUUUUGUUUUUGUCUGUUGUUGGCGUUGACUUUUUGUUUUUGUGUAGCUUGUUUGUAGUUUUAUGAUCUUCAUUUUCUAUUUAUGGGAACAGAAGAAGUAGUUGUAAUCCGUUGCAUCAUCUUCUAAACAGUUUUGGUCUUUUGGACAAAAAAUUUGAAUCGGAAACCGCGUCUUGAACAACUUUUUGGGUUGAGUGGAAAUCGUCAGAAAAGAGGAAGAACUUUUUGUCUCGACUGUGAGACACAGACACCGAAGCGGAUUUCUUAUGGUGUUUCUGCUUUUCGUGCAAAAAUCCUUCCUCGCAGCUGAUGUUCUGUUAUUCUUAUUUCCCCG